GUUAAAAUAAACUUCCAUCUAUGGACUGGACUGAUGUCAUCCAUCGGAUGAAAAAUUAAUUGGAAUUUUAAUAACCAAUAGCGUUACAAGUGAAACAACGGGCGUUAUUGUUUUAUCAAAAUCUUUUUUAUCGCUCCAGAGUGUGGAUAUCUCAUAAAGUGUUGUGUAUACGAAAUAUAAUAAAAUUUUCUUUGUAUCCAUUCAGUGCAAUAAUACUUCUAAUUUAGUCCAUUUUAAUGCGUGGGAUGUUGACGAUUUCAUAAUUAAGUCUAUAUCUGUCAACUGAGACGAUGUCUCCACAGACUAUCCAAAAACAGUAGUAUUUGGAAAUAGUUAAUAAUACAUUGUACGAUGUCAAGUACAGAGCAAAAUAUAUUGAACUCAAUGCAACAAUUGUCUGUGCAACCAAGUAACAGUGGUCCUCCUGAAAAACCAACUCAAGUUGUCACUCCAGCAAUCAACAGAAGCCAGCCAUCGGCAUCUAAAAUUGCAUCCGUCAAAUCAAGUACAGUAUCUCCUGCUAUUGCGACUAUUGAUCGCCUUUUGAGCUUGGGUACAACACCACCUCCUCCCCCCGUUAUAACCAGGCCUGCAGACAUGGACCCCCACACUAUGGAACAGUUACGAGCUGUUAAAGAAAUGUUAGCGGCUCAAGAGGAAGAAGCUCAAAGCUUAAGAGAUAUUAAUAGGGAAUUGCGUAGCCGAUUGGAGGAAUGUGAAACAAAGAUUAAAAAGUUAACUGAACUUAACGAAGAAUAUGCAGAGAAGGAGAAAGGCCUAUCACAACGUGUUGCAGAGAAAGUACGAAAUAAUAAACAAAUGAGCAUUGUCAUGGAAGAGUAUGAGCGUACAAUCUCAUCUCUGAUUGGUGAAAAAGAUACAGAAACCAAAAGAUGGACGGAGGAGAGAGCAACAUUACUUAGAGAGCGGGAUGAAGCAGCUGCCCAUUUAGCUUCAAUGGAGCAUGCUUUUAAUGAUGUUCACACUAAAUAUGAGAGAUGUAAGGUUAUAAUACAAGAUUACAAAACAAAUGAAGUAGCACUGAAAAGAACUGUAGAAGAGAACAAUGAUGCUAUACAGAAAUUAGAGGCACGUUAUGAAGCAUUAAGACAGCAUGCUAUGCAACAAUUGAACAAAGCUAAUGCAGAGCUAGACUCGGUAAAGAAGUACCAUCAGUCCGAGAUUCUCAAACUGAAUGCUAUGCUCAAAAAGAGUGAAGUUCACGCUUCUUCGUUGCAGGAAUCUCUAGCUCAGAAAAUCAAAGAUAAUGAAGAACUUACUGCAAUCUGUGAUGAGUUAAUUAACAAGGUUGGUUAACUUAUCAUUACUGAGUAAUUACAUUUUCAUUUAUCUUACAUGCAUUUGUAAUUGCAUGCUAAAUAUUAGACUAACAAUUAAUAUGUAACAAAUAUUACAAAAGCAAGUUAACAAUGCUUAUUUACUUACAUAGAGGAUAAUACUGUCGAAUUUGUUUGAUGCUCUAUUACAUAUUUAUUUAUCACAAUUUGUGCAAUCAAUCAUGUCAAUGAGUAUUGCACGAUUGUGUUAUUUUUAAAUAGUAUUUUAAGUUUUUUAUACUGAGACAUUUGUUAACUUCAAGUUGUUGAUUUACCAUUGGUGCUUAACUCAAAGUAAAUUAUCCAAUAUAAGUGUUAUAUGCCAUUGGUUUAAUUGAUAUGGUUCUUUACAAAAUUAUUUGGUAAUUAUCUAAAUCUGUUUAUUUUCUGAUUCAAAUGUCAAGUAACAUUUACAUAAUAUUGUCCAGUAAAAUAGUAUAUUUUUAAACAACAUUCUUAUAUGCUUAAGUAUAACAGUUUGUGCAUAAGACUGUCCGACUGCACCCAUGCUAGUGAGUAAUAUUAUUUGUAGAGUACACAUUUUGAUAAGAGCUCCUAAACACUAGCUGCCAUAAUAAUUAUGAUUUGAAAUUUUUGUUUAUGUAAAAAUAAUAGGAUAGUAUAUGUAUUUGUUUAUGGUUAUUUUGUGUUUUGUGAAUAUUUUUUGACUCUUAAACUCUUAUUAGAUAUAGUGGAGAGUGAGGCAAUGUUUGGCUGAAUUAGAGAUGACUUAUGCCAAAACUAUUUUUAAAUAUAAAAAAGUUUUUGAAAAUUGGGAAGUCCUUUUCUUAUGUAUGUCAAAAUCCUUAGUUCUGUUCUUUAUCACUUUUUUAAAUUACUUAAUCAAAAUUUCUUUCACUAGUUUUCGAUCUUUACGUUUGUUCUGUUUUUUUUUUUUAUAUUUUCAGUAUAUUGAAUUGAAUAGUUAUCCUAAAAAUGUUUUAGCAAAAAAUGACAAUAUAUCUUUUAAAAAAUAAAUAUUAUCAGAUCUCUAAAUGUAGUUCACAUUCUUCUAGUCUACACAAUAGCAAAGCCAUUUUGACUGUCAAGAACAAUGAAUUAAUGGUUUAAAUUAUUUUCAAAGAGCAUGAUUGCAAAUACUUCCCAUAAGCUUUUUUAUUUAUCAACAGAGAGUAACGCUUUUUUGUUCUUUUUUUUAAUUAAUUGAAAAUAUACCAAAAAGAUUACAUAGUUGACAAUGUUUGAUUAAUUAAAUUAUUUAAUAUAAUUUAUUGACAAAAGUAAACCUGAGCAUCUAGUGUAUGUGUGCCUUUACAGAGAUUAACCUUCACCAUCCAUUUAGUCCAUUAUGUAAUGAUUAAUUAUUGCAUACUUUUCACCAUAGAUAUGUGACCUAUAGGCAAGUCUUUGAUAUGAGGUUUAUGUCUAAUUAAGAUUCGUUUAUCGAUAUGUCAAUUUAUUUUGUAAAUGACAACACUGAAGGAAAUUUACCCCAGUAAAAGUACAUGAGGCCUUUUUUAUCCUCACAUUUGAGCUCUGGAUUAAACACCUAUAGGUUAUAAAUCUAUGUUUUUCACAUUUACAAAAUUAACAUUUACUAGUUGUUAAAUCUAGAUGUAACAUUUAGUGUCCAGUGUGUAACAUCAGUAAUAUAAUCAUAAAAAGUAAAAAAAAAGAUCUCAUUAAAAUGUCCUAAACAUGUAUAACUGGAUUGUUCUGCUGAAUACAGCAUUAAAUCUGCAAUGUAUUGCACUGUGAUUAUAUUUUUGUAU